AUGGGAGCCACAAUGAACCCUGAAACCACAGAUUACUACUUCAUCUCUGGACAGCCCUCCCCACCGGUCAGCUAUACGGGCAGCUUCUUCAUCAAGACAGAGCAAUGCCAAGACCAGGAGUCCCUCUUCAACCUGAUGUCUGGCAUCCUCGGCCUUUCUCCCUUCUCGUCUUCAGAGGCCCACCAGAGGCAGCCGGACGCCGCCUACAGCGUCCCAGAGGCCAUCCAGAACCAUUUGGACCUCUAUUCCACCUGCCAGCCAGAGCUGAACAUUUCUGUGCGGCCGUCGUUAGCCGAGCAAAGCUAUUCCACGUUCCCCAGCCCUGACACCAUCCAACAAACCCAACCUCCUUCCGACGUGGGGGCCUCUUCCCAAUGCCUGUUUAGCGAAAAACUGUUGGACAGCAAACAGGACAUCAAGCUGUCCGCCAUCUCCCCAUCCCUGGAGAAGUUCAAAUCUCCUUGUUCCCACUGGGACCCUCUCAGCCAGUCUCAGAAUUACCUACCAGCGGAAUACACCCCUCCAGAGACAUUCCGCCCUGCAGAGGCCAGCCAGACAAUGUUCCCCCAACUGGCAUCAAAAACCGAGAAUGUGCUGUCCGUCAGCUGCCAGUCGGAGCUCAACGGACUCCCCGAACAGUCGGGUUCCUUCGGACACAAUCUGGACUUCACUUGCCUGCCAGAAAGGUUCUCCACUCUCACACAGAUCCCCAGUGACUUUGUAGAGGCCAAAAUCCCCAACCUACCACCCCAGCUCAUCCAAGACUUUGAGUCUUCCUUGCCCCAGGCUGAGGUCAUGCCAAACCUGUCAAGCACCAAUGACCAGAGACUGCACACCAGCCACACCCCACCAUCAACUCCCAUGACGGACUUCCUGGCCCAUUCCUCUGGCUCCUUGGUCAACCCUCUAGCCCCCAGCACGACCCCCGGAGCUGUCCCAGAGCCAAAGAAGAAGCCUCGCCGGGGGAAGUGCUCCUCCAAAUGUUUCUGCCCCAAACCACACGAGAAAGCCUUCGCCUGCCCAGUGGAGAACUGCAUCCGUUGUUUCGCGCGGUCAGACGAACUCAACCGCCACCUCCGCAUCCACACCGGCCACAAGCCCUUCCAGUGCCGCAUCUGCCUGCGGAACUUCAGCCGCAGCGACCACCUGACCACGCACAUCCGGACGCACACAGGGGAGAAGCCCUUCUCCUGCGAUGACUGCGGGCGCCGGUUCGCCAGGAGCGACGAGAAGAAGAGGCACAGCAAGGUCCACUUGAAGCAGAAAGCUCGGGCGGAGGAGAAGCUCAAAGGCCUGGGCUUCUACUCUGUGGGACUUUCUUUCGGGAUGCUGUAA